UACCAACCUGCGUCCUGUCAAUGCAGCGGACACACCGAGACGUUUUAAUGCAAAAGAAGCUUUAUUAUCAUCCUUGAAUUGAAUCAAUAGGAAAUAAUAAUCAGAUUUUAACUUGGUUCCAAAUAUUAAACCAACUUCACUGAUCAUGAGAGGAGCUGCAGCCACGGAGAAUGAUGUGGAGGCGGAUGAUGUUGGAGGGAGUGGGGGAAGACGACCUAGUGUUGUGACGCUACAAAAUAUGCUGAAGAAAGUUUCCCAAAGCCCCUUCCAUGAAUACCAGACUCUUGUUUCAUCACCCUCGGACACCAGUGAAUCAUCUGCGAAUGAUUCUCAAAACAAACAGGAUGGUGAGUUCCUCAGUGAUCUCUCAGCUGCUGCAGAUAGCAACAAGCUACACCUAGGACAGAAUGGAGGGCAGGAACUGCUCCAUUUAAAUCCUCAGAAUGGAGUCAGUGGGGGUUUGGCCAGAAUUAACCCUUUUUAUACUUAUUUUUUGGUAUAUACAAGGACUUCUGUUUUAAAACCAGAUCAAAACAUUACAUUAAGUACUCUUUUUUUCAUUCAGCGUAUCCCUAAUGACCCUGUGUUUUAUUAUCAGGAAUCCGGCAGCAAAGAUCACAUAAUGGAGGAAGUUGUGAGGGAAACUUCAAAUGAAGUAAACCUUAAUACCAUCUAUGUCCCUCCACCUGAAUUUCAGAACUCAUCUCUGGAUCUUCAGCCUGAAAUGAAGACUUUGGAAAAUGGAGCUGAAUUUUCUCAACUUCCGAAGGACCCAUUCCAGACCCUUACCCCCAGCCUAAAGCAAGGUGGCUUCCAGACACCGACACUGGCCCAAAAUGCUUCUGCCAAUGGCCACUUUGUGGACGUAACCCUGAACUCACCAGACUUAUUUAAGCCAGUUACAGCUCAAACACAGAACCUCUCCAAAACCUCCGACCUGUUUAAAGAUGAAGAGGUCGAUCCUUUCAAGGCUGCUAGUGAGGUUAACCUGUUUGAUAAAUCUCCCAGUAGUUUUGUAAACCCAUUCAGAUCUCCUUUAAACAAGGACGAUCCGUUCCAGUCUCCACAGACAAUGGCGAACCCAUUUGACACUACCACGACCAAAGAAGGGGAUUUGUUUCAAACAGGUCCAAAUGAAAGUGAGGAACUCUUCCACACCAAGGAAAGCAAACAAGAUCCCUCAACAAAAGAUGACCUUUUUGGCAAGCCUUUGUCCAAACAAAAUCUGGAUAUAUUUUCAUCUUCAUCCACGAAUUCAGUCGACCCAUUCCCAAGCCCAAUUGCAAGGGAUUUAUUCCAAGACGUUUCCAUUUCGGGUGACCCGUUUGGUACUACACCCUCAAGACAAUACGACCCUUUCCAAGAUGUUUCACCUGGGACUCCAGACAUCUUCCAGCCACUUCCCUCAAAGACUAACAGCAAUGAUAUAUUUGGGAUAACCCCCAGCAAUACAGCCUCUAAGGCCACAUUCUCUACACCUGUACUCAGCAGCCCAUCAGAAGAGAAGUUGGACAUGCUAUCAUCACCAGAUCUCUUUAAGGCAACUCCUUCGGAAUCUCACCCAGCCAUCAAACCCAAGUUGCCCGACGAGCCACAUGAUAUUUUCAUGACGACUCCUCAAGGAACCAAACAUGAUAUUCUUCAGCCAUCUCCCUUCACUCGGGCCAGGAAUCUGUCCAUGUCUUUUGGAAGAUCUCCACCUGAGAUGACUCAUGUGCCAACCUUUAAACGUCCUCCAAAGCCACUUCCUCGAUCUAGACCACCAAGGCCAAACAAACCACCCAUGCUGGAAAAGCCACCAAAACCAGAGAGACCACCCGCACCAGCAAAACCUAUGGAACCUGAACCAACUGUACCAAAAACCUCUCCAAAACCAGCCCUCAGAUCACUCCCAAAGCCAGUUAUUCCUCGCAGACCAAAAACUCCAGAAAGUAAACCAGUGGAACCUGUUGUCUACGAGGACAUCCUGCUUAUUGGACAGGAAAAGUGUGUAGAGGACUGGCCUGAAGACAGCCCUCAGCUCAACCCUGACUUCAAACCAUCUGGAACCUUAAGACUACGCCGAGAGUCACUGAAAAAAAAGGUGGACUCUGAUGGAGGAAGUGUUGAGGAUCAGGAUGUCUCUGGGAGUCACAGCAAGAAAAAGGACAGGAAGGCCAAGUUGUCCCUACUUUCCAGAAGAGGGUCGAAGUUUGCUGAUGACACAAAGGAGGCGAAGAGCAGGACACUACCCACCACUCGUAAAUCAUCAAAGGAGUAUUUUUCAGAAUUGCACAUGUCUGCAGAAGAGUAUGAAGAUGAGCAGAAUGGGAUGGACUACAGAAAGAAACAUCUGAAGGCCAAAGUCAGUCAGCUGCUUAGAAGAGCAUCAACUACCUCCUACGCACUAGAAGGAAAACACAUGAACGGACAUUUACCUCAAGAAUCAAAGGAGAAGAUACAUGAUGACCUCUUGGGUGCACAUGGCUACACACCUCGUAAGCAGUCCCAGGGGACAGUUUUGGAUGACAGCACUUGUGAGGAUGAGGAGGGAGGAGAAGCCCAGCACGAAGAGAAGAAAAAAAAGAAGGUGAAAAUCAAGUUUGUGCCACACAGAGGAUUUGCCAUCACUGUAGACAAGGGGGCACACGGAAACACACCACACAAAGGCUCAAAGGAUAAAACACAUGGUGAACUCUUGGGUGCACAUGGCUACACACCUCGUGAGAAGUUUCAGGAUGAUGCUUUUGAGGAUGUGGAGGAGAUGAAUCUUCAGUCAACCAGCAAGGCUGCUUUCAUGGAUGACGAGCACUUCCAGAAAACACGCCAUAUGUCUGCUGGAUUAAAUGGAGAUGAAGAUACAUGGGAAAUGGAAGACUGCAAACCUAAGAAACCAACAAAGACAAAGCUGCUGCACGGGGGCUUUCGAAGCUCUAAGGAGGACAUGCUGGAUGACCCCAGUUAUCAGAAAAAGAUGAGCAGCUUCUCGGCAGAGGAGUUAGACGAUGAAGACGAGAUGGAGGACUACAAACCGAAAACGACUAAAGCGAAAAUCCCGCCUCCCAUCCCACGCAAACCUAAGACAUCCAGUGGACAGAGUGAACCGAUUGGAUUCAGCUACCAGAUACCUCAGCAAGCAUCCAGUGAUCCCUUUGCUGAGGAUGACUUCACUCACACAGGAAGAGAUUUCAUGAAAGACAUGAUCGACAGCGAAGAAGAUGAACUGGAAACCUGCAAAUCGCAGAAGAAGCCAUCGAAACUUAAAGGCCUCAAAAAACACAAGGCUAAGAGCAAAGCAAUACAGGAGGAGUGUGAAGAUCCACCAGGAGCUGUGCCAAGUGACUUCCUGUCAGAGGCUGCAAGGGCGGAGUGGCUGGCUGCUCAGAAGGAUGAGCACGCUAUGGCAGGUCUGGAGGAUGAGGGCGAAGACGGGGACACUGACAGUUUGAUGGAAUGGUGGAACACUGUGGAGCAAUGGGAUGAGGUGCCGUCAGACGAUGAGGACAAAGUGCUGAAAGAGGAUGAGUCUAAGUCAUUCACCAUCUUGGCAGACAAGGUUAGUCGCGGCCUGCGUGUCUUCAACAAAGUCUUCACAGAGCGAGCUGAGGUCCUCUGGCAGUCCGUUAUCACGCUCCACACCAUCGCUGAUGACAUCAACAACUUCCACCACAAGGCCAAGAUCGCUGGCAUUACCGGUGGCACCACCACAGCUGUGGGUGGUGUGACCGCCAUCGCCGGUUUGGUUCUGGCACCCAUUACCCUUGGUGUCUCUCUGGUGAUUACCGCUGUUGGCGUGGGUGUGGCGACGGCUGGAGGAAUCGCUUCAGCCUCUGCUGCCAUCUCGGAUAACGUUAACAACAUGCAGGACCGGAAGAAGGUGGAGAUAGUCCUGGAUGACUACGAGGCUGACCUGAGGGCCAUUGGGAAGAUCCUCCACUUUGUCAAUCAGGGCUUGUACAAACUGCGCGGCCAUCCCUUCCUCAGGUCCGGCACCCAGCACUACUCUAAGGACUGGGAGAUCCGCAGGGCCGUGCAGAUGAUCAGCUUAGUGGACUCGCCAGUGAUGCGGGGGGCGGAGAUAACGGACUCAGCGAUCAGCUCAGUCCAAGGACUCUUUAAAGGCAUGGACAAGUACUUCAUCAAGGACUCCAGAGAGCUGAAGAAAGGCUGCAAGAAAGAGGUGGUGGCUCAAAUAAAGGAGGUGGCAAAUGUGCUCAAUGACGUGGUGGUGGAGCUCAAUGCCAUCAGAGAGGAGCUACAGGAUGCAACUGGAAACAUGUGAGCAACAUCCUGCAUGAUGCCACUUUGACUGUAGUUAUUUCUCAAAAGAGCACUGAUGCCAUCUUCUGGCUAAAUGAGGGGACUGCUGGUGUGAAGGAAGGCAUGGGUUCAGUCGGUCAGUACCUCCUGUUAAGUUAAAGAUAUUAAAAGAUUUGUCUUAUUAAUAUAUGUUUUAGUUUAAAAUGGCAGAUUUUAAAGAAGGUUAAACUAUAAACAAUACGACCUAUUCCAAUAAACUGUUGCAAUGCUGCGAAAGAUACAACCACUGUGAAGCUAAUAAUGGUCACUAUCCUUGUUGUGGUUUCAGUAGAGAGGCUUUAAAUCAACUUUGGUAACUUCUAAGGCUGUAGAUUGCUCUUGUUGUAUUUGUAUUACACUGUAAGACGUUUAUUGUACACACAGGGGAGGGGCAACAUAACAGAAAAGCUGACACACUUCUUUGAGCACUGUAUGUUCUCUGGGUAAAGGGUGUUUAAAAAUGUCAAUUGUGAUCGCAGAUGGUUUAAAGGGUAACUUGGGUACUUUUGAACCUGGGCCCUAUUUUCACGUUUUUCUUUUUGUAUGUUUUGGUAGCUUGCACUCGGAGCAAUUGUGCACCAUCAAUUUACGUCCAUUCAGAUCAUUAUUAUUAGUAGUAGUAGUAUUAUUAUUAUUGUUCUAAGUGUCUGACAACAUAAUAGAAAGGAUCCCUACAGAGACAGACCUUUUCCUAAAGAGUAAGAUCCUUUUUGUUUAACCAUUAACAGUCCUGAAAUCACUGUCGCCAAACCCACAAGACUCCAUUUAAAUAAACCGUAAUUUUAUCAUUGUAUAUUGCACUUCAUUCAAAGUUGACAGAAGCAAAAUAAAACUCACAAAAGUCAUUUUGGUGUAGCUCUCCACUGUUCCAACAAUCACCAACUCUGUUGGGAUCCUUUCCAUAAUGUUCCACAAAGUAGGUUUUUCUUUCUUUAUUUUACGAUAUUGUCAGCAGUUCUGAUUAUUUUGUCAGAUCCCUGUAUCAGAUAUCAGUUUAAUCAAACACUUAGAGUCGAGAAUUUACAGUGUGACUCAAAAAGAAGAAACUCUCCAGACUAACAGUGACACUUGCAUCACCUCAUGAAGGAUUUUAAUAUGUUGUUCAAAUUGGAUUGUUAAUAGUUUUAAUUUGUUGUUGUAGUUUAGAGAGGACUGUGUAAAUAGUAAAUAGUAACUUCCUGCUCACAUGACCUCGUACGGAUGUAUUGUUAAUAUACUCACAUUAAAAUCUUGUGUAUAUACAGGGUAAUUUAUUCUUAAUAUAUGUAUGGCAUAACUUCAAAACAGCAGUUAACUACACGUUGGAGUAAUGAAGAAUGUUCAUCACCUUUUUUGUUUGCUUUUAAUGUUGGUGGAUGAUGCUGGAUGAAGUAACAGGAAGUUCUUCCAUUACCUGCACUGUUGAAGCUGUAGGUUGGACUUGUGCUGGUGCAAUAGUUUUGCCAGAAUAGUUUAUAGAAACAUUUUGUGCAUGUGUAUGUUAGCCGUUUAAUUGCUCCCAUUUAUUCUCAAUACUAAACUAGACGCUCUUCAUGUCUGACCAUGUGGUAUUCAUGUAUCUAUGUCUGUGCAUAUGUGUAGAUACUGAAUCACUAACUGAAUGAUUGAAACCUAUUUAAUAUUCUAUUUAACCAUCAAAGCAAAUUAUCAUAUGUUGAUUUGUUAUGAAUACACACAGUUAUAGAAAUGUAUGUUUUAAAGGUCAAAUUUUGUUGCCCACUUUUGGUCUUAGAGGAACUUUAUUUUGGCGAUGCAUCACAUUAUUUUAACCUGAACAGAAUGUCUCUAUAAAUUAUGUUGUUUUAAUGUCUCCAGAUAUUUUAUGUAACACUGAAUCUUUGAAUAAAGACUGUUUGCCAGUG